AUGAAAGAAGCCGAAUCGUCUCGUCUCGACACCUCCUGGUCCUCCCUCGUAAAACACGCCCCUCUGCUCCGCCUCAACGCCCUGGACUUCUCCGACCUAUGGGAUGACGAGGAUCUUGAGCUGGACAGCACUGAUGAAGACUCCUCCCAAACUUCGUCCAAUCAGAUUGCAGCCACACCCAUCCCCCUGCCUCCUCCUCCCCCUUUGGCCCCGCCCCUCUCGGUAGCAAGCGAGUCGUCAGGCUGUCGCACUCUGAGGCUCCACUGGAGCGCGCUGUUGAGUCUGCAGCCUUUGCCGAGAGUGGGCCGCUUUGGGCUUCAGUCGAUCUGGGCCGGUCUGGAACCGGUUCAGCUAGACACCAAUAGACUGGAAUACCUGUUUGAGAGCAAAAGCAGCAACAACAGCGCCCUCUGCAGUCUGAUGGGGGCACGACAGCAGAAGCAGCCGCGUGUGUCUGUUUUGGGUGUGAAGCGCAGUAACAUCGUCACUAUAGCUCUGAGCAGUCUGCUGCCGGUUCACCUGCUUCCUCCUGCCAUAUACAGCAUGGACAACACUGUACUAGACAGAGAAGACAUCCAGAGGUUGCAGAUGCUGGUUCCCACUGAAGAGGAGCUGAAUCUGAUAAAGGAGGCGAAAGCUCAGGCCCCGCGGUCACCUCUGGGCCCCGCAGAGCAGUGUCUCCUGACCCUGGGGAACGUUCCUCAUCUGAGCGCCAGGCUGCAGCUCUGGGCCUUCACUCUGGACCACGACACGCUGGAGAGAUGUGACUACACACAAGUGCAGCUGAAUCUCUCGCAGCUUGAAUCGCUUUGCAAAGCAUGCUGGGAUCAACUCCGACUACUUGAGAAGGAUGGGAAGAAAUGUGGAGGAAGAAAAGAGGAAGGUGGAGAAGAGGCAACGCUCCAUCAGAGGCUUACCAAGUUUCUGAAAGACUGCGGGGAGAGAUUGAAGGUGCUACGAGCCGUUCACCGCAGAGUCAUCAACAGAUUCCACUCGUUCCUGCUCUUCCUCGGUUAUUCGCGUACCAUGGUGAAAGAAACGAGUGCAGAGGUGUUUUGUAAGACUGUCAGUGACUUCGCUCUGGAGUACAGAGCCACUCGCAGUGCUAUCCUUCAACAGAGGGAGAGAGAGAAGGAGAAGCACAGUCAAAACACACCUAAACUCAAAACCAGACUCCAACAAAGCCCAUCUGAUGAGAAUCAGGAGCAGGUGAAACUUGAAGAGGUUUUGAAGACUCCUGAAUCGUCGUCAUCGUCGUCUUUCCACUUUGACUUCACUCUUCCACGCCAACGCAGCAAGACGAGUGACAAGAAAGGUUGUCACUCCCGAAAGCUGAAGUGGUGAUCUCCAAUCCUUAUUUCCUCUAAAAGUG